AUGGCCGACGAUAUCACCUCGUGGUUGUCAAGAGCUAUAGUCCAGCAUGAUGAAGAACACGGAGGGAAUUUCAAGAUACCUCUCAAAGGGAAAUAUGUUCAGAUGAUCAAGUUUUCUUCUUAUCGAGAUAGGUUUGAUCCUUGCGCAGAGAUCAAAGGCACGAUAUCAGAUAGAACACAUUGGAUACGAGUUAGGUUUGAUGUGGAAGCAACUAAUGACUUCGAGGAACCGACAGCUUCCCUUCCCGCCGAAUCUCUCACUUCCAAUCUUCGAUCUAUAUUCCUCUUAGAAUCAUUCCGCAUCAACCUUUCUCCCCCUUCGUCAUCCGUCAAGAAAAAGACACCGCAGUCAAGUAAUAUAGUCGAAUUGCCAGAAGUGGUUUUGGAGAUACUUAAAUGGAAAGUUGUAGGUGGAAGUAGAAAUGAUCCGGAAUUCUAUGAGAAUACAGUUGAAAUCGGAAAGGGAAAAAAUGAUGGUGAUGUCCAAAGACUUUUGAGGAAAUGGUGGUUUGGAGAAUCUAAUUCAAGUCAAUCAUUCCCUUCUAGUCAAUUCGAAACUCCAUCUCGCCUUCUUCCGCAAAACGACAUCAAGAUUAAACAACUCGCUUCUUCCCCCUUGACUUCUUAUCAUUCUGCUCCAGGCCGGAUACCUGUAAACUCUUCCUCAUCUGGACCUGAACCACACGCGAAAUCAUCUGAUCGUACGACAUUGUUGGAUUUCCUUCAACCGUAUAUAAAUGGUCCGAAAGGUAAAAAGAAGAUCAUCCCAGAAUGGUUAUUCGAAAAAUCCGAUGAGACGAAAGAAAUGCUGAAUGAUAUCGAGAUGUUUGGCUUACAAUUAGAGGUUUCGCCCCAAGAAAAUGUGGGAGCGAGCUUAAGUCAACAUAUUGACGAGAGUACAAGCGGACUACCUGGAUCGCCUGAUUCUGGCGCUGCACUUCGCUCUCCCCAACCUCCAUCAGAAACGAUCCAUUCAAGGGACAAAGGGAAAGGUAAAGAAAUUACUCCAUGUCUCGAUAAUACAAUUCAGUCCAUUAUUCAUUCCCCCGAAAGACCAAGAUCUUCCGUUGGCCUUUCGUCACACUCACCCUCGCCUAGAAAAAGCAAACAACAGCCCGUUUCCUCCGUUCAAAAUCAAGUGACUAUAUACCACAGGGAAGGGGGAGAUGCGGAAGAAGAUAGUGAAGAUGAUGAUAUACCGAUUCGACCUAGACCGGUACCCGCUAAGAAGAAGCGAAGAGAUGUCUUCGAUCCAAUGGCUAUGCUAUCUUCGUCUCCUGCUCAAGAGGAGAUGCAAGUUGAUACUGAUCAAGACGAGGCUGAAGAAGAAAGAGUUAGUAGAAAUGAACCAGUACAAAACGACCAAAGAAACCGAUUCAAUGAAGGGGACGAAGAUGAAGAUGAAGAUGAAUUAUCCGAUUACGAGAGGGAACAAAGGCGCAAAAGUAUCAGUAAAGGACACACCAAUCUACAAGGUGGGAUCAGUAACGCGACGUCGAAUAAGGAGAUAUUCGAAGAAAAGAAUGAAGAUGAAGAGAUUGAGGAAACGGACCGAGCAGUUCCUGCAUCAAGAUCAUACAUACUCGAAAAUGCAAACAAGACAAUGGAGAAUUCACAAAAUUCGGUAAAUUCCAACUUUUCUCAAGAAGAUAGAUUUAACAAAAGAAAAGAAGUGAUAUUGGUAGAUGACAGCGAUCAGAGUUUACCUCAACAAUCGACGAUUUCAUCAAAUCGUUCAAGUACCCAAACGCAGUCGCAGAACCAAGUCGAGCAUAUUGAACAUGUCAAGAUCGAGAAUCCAGCCCAAUCCCAAAUUCCUAAACGACCUUUCGAGGUUCUUGGUCCCUCCCAAACAAGUAUGAAAAAUUCAUCAGCUAUAACACAUAUUUCACCUUCUCAUCCAUCAUCGUCGAACAGACCCCAAUCGAACCAAAACAAGAGGGUAAAAAUCGAAUAUUCAACACCUGAACAUACCUCUACCCCAACCCCAUCACCUCAAUCAGCGGGUAAAGGUACUAGGAAGAGUUUCUUAGAUAGUAUAAGAAUCUUCAAAUCCUCCUCGCUUCCCAGACCGAAUGCAAUCAAGACAGAUGAAGAAGAGGUGGAUAGUCCCCUUGUAACGAAACGAAAGAAAGGUGAAGAAGAAGGUAUUUUGGAGAGAUUCACUAAGUGGGCUAAGGGCAAUUCGGCUGAAAGAGUGCAAUCUUACGCACGAGGUGCGCAUAUGGAUGAUCCUGAGCCCAUGACUGGGAUGUCUCGCAAUUUCGUCGGUAGUGAAAGGUUGGAGGAAGAGGCUGAAAACGUAGAGAUACAUGAAGAAGUCGGAGGAGAUCACGUAAAAGCUGAAGUGCAAGGUAUGACUCAAGAUCCCCACCAAGAGAACUUGGAAGAUGAAAUUGGUAAGAACAACGAAAACAGUUCGGAAGAUUCGGACGGUUCUCAGCUCUUGCAAUCAUUGGAACAGGAAGAAAUAUCCGCAUCUGAUCAUGGCUACCAAGACCAAGUCAAAUUCGAAGAAGCACCAGACCACUUGAGCCAUCCUUCGCAAUCUCCCUCAGCUUCGAUUCAAUCCCCAUCAGAUACAAAGUCUGCAUCACAGUCCCCAAUCCUACGAGCAAAGAAGUUAGGUGGAUUCAAAUUGAACCUGCAAGUGAAUGGUUUAUCGCAAUAUGAGGUUAAGAAAGCUGUUGAUAACAUCAACAAGAUCAGGUCAAGGAAGCUAGGUAAAUAA